AAAGGGUUAGCAAGUAUAAACUGACCACGUCACGUUUCCGCUGUUUUAGUUCGAUCAAAUAUGGUGGACACGGGGACUCGUCCAUAACUCAAGUGACCAAAGAGUGGAUCACGUUGAGUAUACGACAGAGAGACAGUUAGCGAGAUGGAUGAUGUGGAGAUCACAGAUGAGGGAGGAUAUCACGUGGAGAAAGAACCGCCGAAGAACCAGGAUCUGACUACACUGAGCCUGACUGCGGGAGAGCUUCUGUCCCAGUAUGGUUGGUAUCUGCUGCUGGUUUCUGUGCUGGGCUACCUGCUCAUCCAGUACCUGAGCAAGAAGAGAUCCAGCCAGAGCUCCCAGAGCUCCACUGCCACUACACAAGAUUCUGCGUUUGUGGCAAGAAGACAAGAGGCCAUGGAAGCAGCCCGGAGAAAGAUGCAAGUAGAGCUUGAUGCCAAGGCAGUCCUCUUCAAAGAAAAACAGAAACAGCAAGAAGAAGAGAAGAGGAGGCAGAAGAUAGAGAUAUGGGACAGCAUGACACAGGGAAAAAGCUACAAAGGAGGAGCAAAACCCUCUCAGACCACGGAAGAGGCAAGCUCAUCAACAACAGAGCAGAAACCAGCUACGGAUAAGAAGCCACUUCGCAGUGCUGGCUACAACCCCCUCUCUGGAGGAGCAGGAGGCUCCUGCACCUUUAGACCUGGCCGGAGAGGGCCUUCAUCUGGUGGAUGAGGUUAAAGAAGGUCAGAGACUUGGGUCUGCGUGACCUUUGACCUCUGACAUUCUUUAUGUGCACACAGGCUGAUUGAACCAAGCUGACAACGUUAUUAAACCCACACUUACAUGAAGAUUUUUGCUCGGUUAGCUUUAUUUUAACAGCACAUGCCUUCUGUCGUGUCUGAUUUCCUCCUGUCUGAUUCUCAUCAUUGUUAUUUACUCUCUGAUCUCUGUGCUGCUGUAUUGUUUAGCAUCAAAGAUAACAGGAUAAUCUUGGAUUAUAACUUUUAAAUUUCAAAUGAAUAAUGGAGUUGAAAGCUUGUAAUGAAGCCUAACCUGUAAAUGGUUUUAACCACCUGGUUUGGCUGAAGAUGUUUACAGUCUGUGUGCUGCCUGAUAUAUUUGAAUAAGUGUGUAAUAACAUAACUUUACAGUUAGCUGUAGCUGUUGGGCACUGUUAGUUAUAAUAAAAUAAAAAUAUGUCAACAAAGUG